AUGAAUCUUCUUGCCGCCGUCGUAGUUGCCGUUGUGCUAGAAGUAUGUUGUGCCCACUUGUGCAUGAUUAGUCCCCCACAACGAGGUUCAAUGGCCAAUCUUAACAAACCGGCUUCCAGUGACUGCGUUUUGACCACUCCAAGGUGUGGAGGCCGAAUGCGGGGCAAGCCAGUUAUGGGACUCCGAAGGGGACAAAACUUCACCGUGUCAUUCCAGAAAAACCUUGACCAUUAUGUGAAGGCAACUCCAGGAAGCUUCACCGUUUCAAUAGGUUCUGAGAGAGGAGGCACCAGACUGAAUGUGCUGGCCACCAUCCCUGAUGCCGGGGAACCCUCCCUAACAGUAUAUUCUGUCAAUGUCACCAUUCCUAUGUCACUUUCUCCGAAAACAGAAUAUAUCAUGCAUUCUGCCUACCUAACCAACAACCCACAGGCACCACCCGAGUUCUUCCAGUGUGCUGAUAUUAUGAUCAACGAAUAA